CGCCGCCCGGAUCCCCGUCGCGUCUUCGCAAGCCGCUCGCCCACCAGCCUCCAUUGAAAUGUGGAUGCUGGCCGACCUGAUCUGAGCUCAGCCUGCCUGGUGUCGUUCUGUUUGCAUGUCUUGUCUGCCCGUCCGUCUGGCCUCGUGAGUCCAUCUUCUUCCGUUGUCCAUCAGGCAGGUUCCUCUUCUCUUCGCCUUCGCGCUUGGUUCUCUGGCAGACAUCAGACUUUAAUCCUUCCCCGAGCCUCUGUUUCUUCCUUUUGCUUCAGCUUCCCUUCUGUCACGCGUGCGUGCGUGCGUUUGCGUGGGUUAGGUCUCAUACUUACCAACCUGGUUUGGACUGCAUGCAGUUAGUGGUGGCCUGAUUCCCUGGUUCCCUGGUUUCCUGCCUCAAUAUUGGCUGUACCAUCCCUCCCCCCCUCCUUCGUGCCGCGCCUCCUCGGUACCCCCCUACACGCUCACCCAGCCGCAAAACCCAAUCUGGGCUGUCCUGCGUGGGGAGAUCAGCGACCAAGCCGGCCGCAUCAGCCUCCCUGGGAGUGACUUGAAGCCGCCCUCGUCACUUUCUUUUCUGCUCUUUCGAACCGCCCAUCCUGCCUUCCCACGAGCAGCAUACGCCUACCUCCGCAACGAUAAUCCCCGCCACAAAACAGUCGCGAACGAGCUGGCGCACUUCCCCGCCCGCGAGCGUGCGUUCGCAUCUCAUCACCACAACACGACAUCGCCAGCAUCAUCAUCGGCUGCUCCAUGUCGUCUAGGCCACCGAUGAGGGACGACAUCUUCCAGCGCCUGCCUCGGGCAACGGCGCUUCUCAUCCUUUCGGCACUGCUGGAAUCCGCCCAAGCCUCAGCUCUUCCCAGGGCGACGGCAACUCUUCCUUAUAUGGUCCUCGACGUCGUCGCAUGGCCGCCGCUUCCUACCGCCCCCGCCAUAACGCCCAACGAGUUCCACGAGCUGUUGCGCCGCCAGGACACCAACACGGUCUGCGGCUACAUCGGCGGCGACCCCAACCUGCCGGCAACCUGCUCGCCCGGCUCGCACUGCGUUCUUGACAGGCAGCACAAUGCCAUCGGCUGCUGCCCCAAUGGCGAGGCGACCUGCUCCACCGGCGUCUUCACCGGCUGCGUCGACUUCAACAGUGGCCCCCAGACCAUCGCCAACCCCUACGUCUACACGUGCCAGGGCAAUGACGUAUGCUACAAGAAUGUUUUUGGCGGUGGCCAGUCCCAGUACGGGUGUGGUACCGCUAGCGCCCUCGGCACUACGGUGGAGGCGUCCGCGUCGGGUCUGACCGACGCCGUCUCCCUGACCAGCGUCCAGGUCAGCUUCACCGAGUCGCCCACCACGCUAGCCACGCCGACGACUAUCAACCCGAGCACCGGGACUUUUACGCCAUCGACUACAUCGUCUAGUUCUGCAUCCACAUCCUCUGGGUCAUCAGUCUCGAGCAGUAGUUCAACUAGCUCGACUAGCAGCUCGACAACAUCGAGCACGUCGUCAUCUUCCACUUCGUCCUCGACCUCCCGGACGACGAGCGCCUCCUCCUCCAGCACCGCAGGCGCUCCCGCCGAAACCACCGGUGGCGGCGCGGCGCCUUCGGCUGGCCAAGACGGCGAUGGAAACUCCAAAGUCGACAAGACCGGCGCCAUCGUGGGCGGCACCAUCAGCGGCGUCGCCGUCCUGAUCGCUCUCAUCGCCGUUGCCAUAUUCUUCUGGCGGCGAAAGGCGGCCGCGAACGUGCGCAAGGGACCGGGCGCGGGCGGCAACACGCAGUACAUCAGCCCCAUGACCGGAGACCAGGGCUUCCAGCGCCUGCACGACAGCCAGGCCGCCUACGAGACGGGCAUGCCUCCUGGGGCCGUGUCGGCGCUCCCGCCGGCAGCCGCCAUGUACCAGCAGCCGGGGCAGCAGCCACCACAAGGGUGGCAGGAGGAAAUGGCGCGACAGCAGGCGCAGAGGGAGGGACAGGGACAGCAGUGGCAGCAGUGGGAGCAACAGCAGGCGCAGAAAUGGGGCAUGGACGCAAACGCCCAGGUCGGCUACAACGAAAACUCGGGCACCGUGCGCUACGUCGAGGGCGACCCGGCCGCGGUUCAGGUCGGGCACGGGAAUGUCGCCUACGUCGAGAGCGUGCCGACCCCCGGCGGCUUCGGGAACGCCACCGAGAUCACCAGCCCCGGGCGCCCCGGCUCGGUCGCCCAGUCGCCGCCCGCCCAGGGCUACCACUACCCGGGCCAGUACCCAGCCGCCUACGCCGGCGCGCCCGUGGCCGCGGCCGCGGUGGUCGGCGGUGCGGCGGCGGCAGCCGCGGGCGGAAACCGGGGCGUCAGCCACGGCGCGACCAGCUCCGUCGGCGGCGCCAGCAGCUACUACAGCAACAGCCACAUGGCCCCUCCCCAUCCCAUGUCUCCGCCCUCGGGCCCGGUGCCGCCACCGCCGCCGCCCAGCAGCGCGUACGGCGACGCGUCCGUGUCGUCGGUCAGCCGCGGCAUGAGCAUCCGGGGCGGGGGCGGCGGCAGCGGCAUCCGGAGCAGCCACCCGACCCCCAUAGCCAACCAGUUCUGCUCGGCGGCCUGGGCCUUGCAGAUGCGCGGCUCCCUGCGCGAGUCGACCGACGACUACGCCAGGGGCGGCUACCCGGAUGGGCUCGAGCGCAUCGGCGAGGACGAGCCCCUGACCACCGGCAUGCAGGGCAACCCAGUCGGCAACGACGGCGGCAAUGACAAUGGCACCGGCACCUACGCGGACAACGGCGCCGCGGGCUUCGAGUCGUCGGCCCAGCCCGAGGGCGGCGACCUGGUCUCCAAGGACUCCCUCAUGUCCCGGGCCAGCGGCAGCAGCAACGCGUCCAGCAACGGCGGCAGGCCGCUCUGGCACCAGAACCGGCCGCACGGCCGCAACCAGAUGUGGAUGUGAGGUGCCCGUCUCACCUCCCUGAACGCAACGCUUGUUUUUCUUCAUCGGUUUUUUUUUAGGUUUCUUGCAUGUUACCGCAUUCGUGCCCUCGAUCACACCGGGCAGCGCAUGUUAAUUGGGACUCGGUAUACACCAGUGCCAUUUUUUCUUUGUAAUACCUCCUCUCGUCGGGGUUUCUUGGUCAAAUCGGCGCCAUUUCUAGCGUCCCAUUGCGCCGGAGUUACAGUUUUGUUUCGAAUUGGGGCGUACAAAGGAAAGCAGAGUAAAAGAUCAAGGCAUAUUCGAUCGGCAUUUUCAGCACCAGGGUUUGCAUCAUCGCAAGGCUAUCUCAUUUUCCUCCCUGUUGAUAUCAGUAUUGGUAUAAUCUUCUGAGCCACCACCUAUUCUUGUCAACUUGUCUGUGAAAUCCGCGUCUAGUUUCUGGGCAAAAGUGUGGGUGUGUGCAUGAUAUUAGGGCAACGACUAGACACCCUCAACAUGUUCAUGAGAGCAACGCUGUUGGUGGAGCGCCGCUGCUGUAUUUCUUCGACGCAGGCAUGUAUGCUGUCUGGUGCGGCCUGGAUAAUAAAUGGAAAUCAUCGCGUAUCGCCAACAUGUAUGGGUUGGUUUCGUUGUUGUCCUUUGAACUUGUCAUCUCUCUCACGUCUCGGCAGCCUUGAUUUCAAUGACUGAGAGAGGAGACCCAAAGACAACGAUGAGUUUGAUGUUUAGCCGCAGCACACAGUGGCCUCAUUCGUAGCGCUUGUAAGUGACCGGUUUCUAGAAAGACAAC